ACAACUCAUUCCAGAUACUACCAAUAUAUCUAUUUAAAUUGUAUAUACCUAUGCCUGUAUAUUAUGUGUCAGUGUGUCAAGUUUGUACAUAGUGCAUCAAUUUAUUACAAAAAAAAAUUUUGUUGUUAAACUCGUAUAGUGCACUCAUCAAAUCAAAGAGAUCAAAUUUAUCUACAAUAUAAGUCCUCCGACACUAAUGAACGCGAUAUACUCAUCGAUUAAUAAUUAUUGCUUUAAUUCGUCUAAUGUGCCAGUUGUAAUCAUUUUGUGUUCAAUUUAAAUGUUUACCGACGAGCCACUUCAUGAGAAUUUGAAUCCCGUACUGUCAGCCAAGUCCAGAUAGAUAUUAAUCAUUUUUCGGAAUGGAGUGCAGUCAUUUGUGACACUCAGGGUAACUCCGGUGUGGUCGUUCACCGCCGUCUGCACCCAUAGGUAUCAACGUACGAUAAUAACAUAAUGCCACGAGAGACGUACCUAAAGUCUGAUUACAGAGUUGAAGAUAAUUUACAAACAUCUUCUGUGCUGUCGUGUGAUCAUGCGACAGCUGACUAUGCACGUCCCCGUACAAUCGGCAUGUACCACAAAAACAAACUUUACUCAAGUGACAUGUUUGUCAGCGGACGGCCUAAAUCUGAGCAUUACUGGAAGCAUUUAUCAUUGAAUCAAUUUUUAUUCUUAUUUAUCAUAUUGACUACGGCACACCAGUUACUAGCCGAAAACGAUUUAUUGGAGACCUCGACGACGAAUGGAAUCGCAACCUUAAAUGGACUUGCGUGCGCAGAGCGAUGGACGUGUACAUCGUGUACAGAAGGAAUGACGCCGUCGUGCAGUUGGUCCGUUGUCGAACAGAUGUGUGUGGAUAAUGUUGCGGAGGCAGCUCAAAGCCGACUGAUGGUCACCGACAGAUCGUCUUGUCCAAAGUUUUCAGUCGACAAUAGAGUCGGCACAGCGGCCGAUAACAACAUGACGAUAACGGUUACGAUAAACGACAGUGCCAUGGGAGGUCGUUUCGUUGAACUGUUGGCUAAUAGCAGCGUAAAGUGUCAGCUAAAAAACGAGAAUAUCACAACCGUGGUAAACGGCGACCGGAUAUCCUGUGCACCGGUACAUAUUAGAUCGGAUUACAAGGUGAAGUGCCGGUAUUUCGAGCCUGUCUUCAGUCAUUUUUUGAUCUUGUUCGAUGGCAAGUUUUUGCGAUUUGACAACGAAAGCGACCACUACGUGUUCAAUUAUCCUAGUGAUUGUUCGCGAAUCGAUUACGAACAUUUUAACCGGAAUAACGGCACGCACAGAUGUUACUGUACGUGGUUGGAUAACAAAACUAGGUCCGCGAACAUAACAUCGUUUAAGAAGUACUGUGACAUGCGGAAUAAUUUGAAUUUUACCAAAUUGGGAUUCGCUAACAAGGAAAUCGACGAAAUGUGUCUCUACAAAGGUCCGGUCGUAGUUAAAGAUUCUGUGACGCCGAAAACGAUGCUCCAAUCAGACCGGCUCAAACCGAAAGAUCCCGUGGGCGACAAUAACAGUUCUUCGAUCGUUCCGACGGUGAACGCCGGCCAAAAGUUCGGUGGUAUCGUAUCGGGUAAUACUAAAUUUAUGGUACAGGGUCAAAGUUGUGAAAGCUUGUACAACGUGAAGGUUUGCACUACUGAUUAUAAUCAAACGUGUAGCCGCUGUAAUGUCCAUAACGAUACGUUCAUGGAAUGUAAAUCUCCCAAGUUUGUCAUCAACGACCCACAACCACGACUUGUAAUGAAACAGUUGAAGUUUAAAGCUGACAUUUUUCCCGGAAGUGUUCAGGUGAAUCCCAAUUCAUGGUUAAUCGAAUACUACUUAUACCAGGAUCCGGUUUUUACGGAUUUUGUGGUAAACGGUUGCUGUAACGUCACCGUAAAUGGUCUGCACCUUGACCUGGGUUACGCCGCUAAUGACUUGUCUAUUGUACUGGACAGUGAAAAUUCGUCGUCCCGUUGUCUGAUCAUUUUGAUGAACAGUACGCAGAUCACUUGUCAGCUACCGCUAUCGCGGUCACCGCCGUCUCAGUUAGAUCCACUGCCAAAACAAAUAAAUAUAACGGUGGGUGAUUAUUUUAGAGUCCUGACGCUAACGAAACGAAAAUCCAGUCAUUUCAAAAAUUCGUUGGCUGGGAUAAUAUUGCCAGGUAUCGUCACUAUAGGCGCGUAUGUUUCAUUUAUUGCAGUUUUAUGUGUGGCUCUUAUAUUUUUUAAGUCUUCCAAGGACUAUGACCUAUUACAUUUACAUGGACGCCAGAAUCUUGAAGAAAUGCGGUCGUUGAACGAAAAAAAUUUCAACGACUACGACAACGACAGCGAAUCUAAAAAUAUGUUGCCGGUACGCGACAAACGGCAUUAAUUUCGUAUUUUGCUAUAAAAAUGACAUUUAAUUUAUUAAUUUUUUUUUACAUAAUAUUUAUAAUAUUUCGUAUCUAUAAUUUUAAAACAUCGUUUCCUUUGAUAAAACUAUAUUUACAUCUGUAAUAAUAUAAUUACAUUAAAUAUAUGUUACAUUGUACACUAUGUGUUUGUGUACGACAUGUAAUACGACAACACUAGCAAAAACUGCAAUUAUUGAAAAAGUUUUGCUUCACUGCGUUUAAUACUAUUUUUUGAAAUAACUUACUUCGUGCUAUGCAGAUUAUGGACAUCAUAAUAUGCUCGAUAUUAUUUUUAAAACACGAAAUAGCACUUCUUUCUCUAUUAGUUAGUAAUUUAAAUACAAUGGUUCUUCAUUUAAAAUUCCUGAAAUUAUAUCUAUUUGAUUUUAUCCGUAUUUCCGUUACAUAUUCUGUAUAUACAGUACAUGCACUUUAUAUUAUUAUUGCAUAAAUUAUAAAUUUAAAUUAACCAAUCUAUUAUCUUUAUACCAAUACUUUGUCCAGGGCAUUCAAAAGGUAAAUGCAUUUUUAAAAGAAACAACAUUUAAUUAACUAUAAAUUUAUGUUGUAUUAGAAAUUUGAG